AUGAUUCAGCAUGUCGCCACCAUUGCGAUUUUGGCUUUGAUACCCUUCAUAAUAUGCCAGACUCCUGAGUCCGUCAACGAAACCAGCACAAACAGUGCUCAAGAUAUAGAAGAUUUGCAAUUGUCUACGACAGCCACUUCAAUCACAACAUCGCAGAUUCUGUUGGAUAACAUUUACGAGCAAACCACUCCACAGCCAGGUCUAGGGAACACGGACCUCCCAGAGACCGGUACUAUAUCUGGUUUGAAUGAGGAAGAUUUACAAUUGAUUCCUGGAAGCACUUCCGAUGCUUUACAAAAUGCAUCGUCUACAAGCAUGACUACAACAGACGCUCCUAUCACAACAACCCAGAUUCUUUUGGAUAGUUUUAAUCAGCAAACCACUCCCCAGCCAAGUCUAGUUACCACGGAUAUCCCAGAAACCCGAAGUUUGUUUGGUUUGAAUGAGGAAGAUUCACAAUCGUUUUCUGGAAGCACCUCCACAGUUAUAACCACAACAGACGCCCCAAUCACUACAUCCCUGGCUAGCAUUGAUAAGCGUACCUCUCCUCAGCCAGAUCUGGUAAUCGCGGACAUUUCAGAAACUCGAGAAUCAUCUGGUUUGAAUGAGGAAGAUUCAAAAUUGCUCGGAUCAUUCACCAGCACAACGACAACAGACGCUCUAAUCACCACAUCCCAGAUUCAGUUAGACAAUUUCAAUGAGUCAACCUCUCCUCGAGGAGAUCUACCAGAUUUAGUGAACACGGACAUUCCCGAAACCCGAAGUAUAUCUAGUCUGAAUGAGGAAUAUUUACAAUUGCUUUCUGAGAACACUUCCGAGGCUUGGCAAAAUAGAUCGUCCACCAGCACAAGUACAAUAACCACUCCAAUCACAAGAUCUCAAAUUCUGCUAGAUAUUUUCAAUGAACAAACCUCUCCUUUGCCAGGUCUAGUGAACACGGACAUUUCAGAAACUCUGAAAAUUUCCCCUAGAGGGAAGCCAUUCACCGAUUCCGAAAGUGUUUCUAGAUUGAAUGAGGAAAAAUUACAAUUGUUUUUCGAUAGCACAUCCACCAGCACAACCACAACAUCCACUUCAACCACAACAUCCCAGAUUCUGUCGGAUAACUUCAAUGAACAAACCUCUCCUCAGCCAGGUCUAUUGAACAAGAACAUUCCAGUAAGUCUGAAAAUUCCCUCUAGGAAAAAACCACAACUGUUUUCCGAACGCACACGCAAGGCUAAGAAGCAAAAUAGGUCGUCGACCAGCACAACAACAACAGCCGCUCCAAUCACAACAUCCCAGGUUCUGUUGAAUAAUGAACAAGUCUCUCCUCGGUUAGGUCUAGUAAAUACGGACAAUGCUGAAGCUCAGAUUUCCUCCAGAAAAGAUCCAUCCACCAAUUCUAAAGGUAUAUUUGCUUUGUAUGCUUGGCAAAAUACAUCGUCCACAAGCACAACCACGACCACAACAGUCGCUCCAAUCACAAAAUCUCACAUUCUGUUGGAUCACUUCAAUGAACAAACCUCUCUUCAGCCAGAUUUGGUAAACACGGAUGUUUCAGAAGCUCUGAGAAUUUCCUCUACAGGAAAACCAUCUACCGACUCCCAUGGUAAAUGGGCUUUGUAUAAGGAAGAUUUAAAAUUGUUUUCUGGAAGCACUCCCAGGGCAUGGCAAAAUAGAUCGCCCUCCAUUACAGCAACAACGGCUGCUCCAGUCAGAUCAUCUCAGGUUCUGCUGGAUAGCUUCAAUAAGCGAUCCUAUCAUCAGCCAGGUCUGGUGACUUUUGACAUUCCAAAAACUCCACAAAAUUUUUAUGGAGUAAAACCAUCUAACGAUUCCCAAGGUAAAUUGGCCUUUUUAGAGAACGACUUACAAUUGUUUUCUGAAAACACUCCGAAAGCUUGGCAAAACAAAGCGGUCAUCAGCUCAGGAACCACAGCGGCUCCAAUCAGAUUAUCACAGGUUCCGUUGGAUUACUUCAAUAGGCGAACCCAUCAUCAGCCAAGUUUAGUAACCACGGACAUUCCUGAAAGCGAGAAAAUUUCGUCUAGGAAAAAUCCAUCUGCCGAUUUCCAAGGUGAAUUUGCUUUGUAUGAGGACAAUAUUCAUUUGUUUUCUGAAAACACUCCCGAAGCGUGGCAAAAUAGAUCACACGUCAGUACAACAACAACGGCUGCCCCAUUCAUAACAUCCCAGGUUUUGUUGGAAAACUUCAAUAAGCAAACCCAUCAGCCAGGUCUAGUGACCACGGAUAUUCCAGAUACUCGAAAAGUUUCCUCUAGAGUGAAACCAUCUACCGAUUCCCAACUUCAAUUUGCUUUAUAUAGGGACGAUUCACAGUUGUUUUCUGGAAACACUCCCAAGUCAAAGAAAAUUUCUUCAAGAAUAAAAACAGCGAUAAAAACACCUAAAUCUACUGUUGAUGAUGGUGUGGGAUAUGUUUAUACGUCACCUGCUGAACCCCAAAGUUCGCACAAGGCGCAUACGCAGCAAUUACAUCAAUUCACUAAUCAGCAAAUAAGCGAAACUAACAGCUCACCGUACCUCCAUCGAGUAACGAAUACUGCUACAAAUUAUGUUCCUGUUGUCCAGUUGCUGAACCAUCGGUCGCCUGCUGGUUCGUUCCAAAAAUCGGUUACUGUCCAUAGAAUCGGCAAUGGUGCACCAACGAGACGACGAUGGUCCUCUACUACAGCGUCUCCCCCUCCACCGUUCGCUGGUGAUUUACGUUACAGUAAUAUAUAUGUUCCAGACCAGAAACCAACGCCUCCAUCUCAGCCGGUCCAGAAACAUUUACCUUUCGUUCCAAUCAACCCGCAACGAAAAACUCAGCGUAUUACGUAA